CAUGUGAGGUGCUGGGGUUCACGUGCAGGGCUGCCCAGACCCUCCCUAAAACCCCUGCCUCAGCCCCAUUGGUGGAGUGCUGCUGCCAGGACCCCAUGAGUGCUUCCUCCUCCCGCCGCCCUGACUGCUUCAGCCUCACCCCGAGCACCAUGCGACCGCAUCGCCUCCUCUUCCUCCUCCUGCUUCUCUUCCGCAGGACGUGGGCAGAACCAGAAGCCCCAUCCCCUCUCCCAGCAGAAUCACAGCUUUUCCAGCUGCUCCAGACCUUCCUCCUCCCCAGUGCCAACUCCACCGAGGUGGCUGGGGUGGCUAUGCUGGCAGACAUGAUCAUCUACGUGCUGGACCCGGACACCUGGAACCUCCACAUCUGCUACCCCUGGGUCCACCAGGCCAUAGCUGAGGGUGACACAGCGAAGCUUAUGUCCUCCUUCAAGCUUGGCGAGCGCAACGUGAUCCGAUUCAUGCACGAGAUGGUCCAGCAGGUGCAGGCGGAAUACCCUGUGGUGUUCCAGCUCCGCGCAGGCUGUGAGCUUCACCCCAAUGGGACAAGCCGCGCCUUCGCCAAAAUUGGGGAGGGCGGCAGAGACCUGGUAGAGUAUGAGGUGGGGAGAGGGUAUUGGGCUCUCCAGCAGUCAACCCUGCUGGCCAAGUUGGUGGGCCAGUCCCUCAACGGGAUGAUGGCUGUCACAGAAAUGGUGGAGCACCUCCUUUACAAAUCCUGCCCAAGUCACCUCCGCGCCCUGUGCAGGCAUGGGAGGGCAGAUCUGGAGAGACAAGGUGAGAAUGGUGUGGCCCCAGCACGGCCACACCAAUGCAUCCCCCAUGCUGGGGCCAAGUGGUGCCCCUGCUGGGCUCCCCUUGGCCCUCACUCUCGCCCCGUAGAGCCGCCCACUGCCACUGUCUUUGCUCGCAUGGCUGGCCCAGCCCAGCUCCUGCUGGUUUGCCGCAUCACCGGCUUCUACCCGCGGCCCAUCAGCGUGGCCUGGCUGCGGGAUGGCCACGAGGUGCCGCCGGGCCCAGCCCUGAACACCAGCGCUGACCUGCCCAAUGCCAACCUCACCUACCAGGUCUACAGCAUCCUGACCGUGGCCCCCCGUGAUGGGCACAGCUACGCCUGCCGCGUUCGCCACCGCAGCCUGGGCACCCGCAGCCUCCUCAUCCCCUGGGAGAACCCCACUGUGACUCCCACCGUCAUCAUUGUCAUCGUGGUGCUGGUCCUUGCUGUUGCCACUGCCAUUGGUGCUGCUUGGUGGUGGAGGUACAGGAAAGGUGCUGUGUCUGGGCAGGAUCCCCAGGAAUCCCUCAUCUGAUGCCCUGCCCCAUGCUGAGACCCCCUGCUCCCUGCUCUGUCCCCAACCCACCUGCAUUAACAGAGGUGACAAAGUGGGGCCAGGCCAGUGGGGGACAAGCAGGCCACACAGGAGCAAGAGAGAUGGAAGGAUCUGGUGGACAGUCCCCCCUCAAGGCACAUGGAGCACUGUGCCCCCCAAAGGCUGGUCACAGUCCCCAGUGCUCCCUACCAGUGGGUGCAGAGCAAACCCCAUUGCAAGAGAGGGACACGAAGGCCACCAGCCCCUGGAUGUCGGGGAACAACUACAGCUGUGGGUGCCCCCACCUGCUACAGGAGGGGACAGCCAAGAGCCACCCCAAUUCCCCAGCACUCAGGGUCCCAGCAAGCCCUCCAAGACACCCUAUGGCCAAGGGGCAUCCCAUUCCCAACCUGCCCUGUGUGCUCACCCCCACACAUGUCCCUGCCCCACCUCGUGGCCCUAGCCCAGCCCCUGGCUCCCUUCCUCAUCACCAAGCGCCCCUCUCCUCCUCUCCUGCUGGAAGCGGUGCGGGGUGAGGGUGGCGCGGCCAGGGGAGCCCCAGGCCUGGGACCUCCAGGACCCCGAACGCCCUCACAGAAACACAGGAUGGUGGAGGUUGGAAGGGACCUCUGGAGACCAUCCAGUCCAACUCCCCUGUUAAAGCAUGGUCACCUAGAACAUGUUGUGCAGGGUCACAUCCAGGCGCGUUUUGAAUAUCUCCACAGGAGACUCCACAGCCUCUCUGUCAACCUGCUCUGUCACCAGCACAGUAAAGAAUUUUUUCCUCAUA